AUGUUAAACAAGAAGCAGAGAAAAAUUAACUUUAUUACAGAAGAGUUAAGGUAGUAACAUUUAAAAAUAUUAGAUUAACAGCUUAUAGAUUAAAAAAGGAAAUCCUUAAUGAAUUGCCAUCUCCUCCAAAAAAUUGGUACCAAUAAUUGAGAGGAUCAAACUCUGUAGUGGAAAAAGAAGAUGAUCAUACUAUUAGAUCCUAAAGAAUAAAUUUAAAUUCGAAAACAUUAUUAUUAAAACAAACAGAUUUUGAGAAUAGUUUAAGAAUUAAAGGUGAGAGUAAAUUAAAAAGAGAAUUUGAAAAUCAUAAAUGUCCAUUGAUAACUAUGGUUGGAUUGGAAAAAACAGAAGAAAGUGAGAUCUUACCAAAACUUAAAUAUUGA